GGCCAUUGACCUAGCUAGUGACUUUAAAAAAUAGAUUUGGUCUUUAAGUUUUAGAUUAUACACACACAACAUAGGAAAGCCUCUGGUGACAAAAUAGGGUCAAUGGAAUUAGAAUGAUGACCAGGAAUUGUAUAGGAUUCUAAUGGUAACCAUGGAGUUCCAAACUCAUUUCUAUGGCAACACAGCUGUCAAUUUUAUAAACAACAAUUUCAAAUAUAUGCGUUGCCAUGAGACAUCUAACCGUUAGAACAUAUUGGCGUUCUAUUGAACGUUUUCUGUUCGAAAACAAGAACAACUUCAAUUUGCUGUUCAACAACAACAAACUUGACUGAUUUUUGAGACCUGAGAUUAAAACAUCGACUGGAAAAUGCCUGGGUGCUUUUCAAGAUUGACAGAGAGAGUGCGAGGACGUCGGCAGCCUUCUGCGUCGACAGGUUGUUCAAAUUCAUUUAUGGGUUGUUUUUGUUGUCUUUUUCCGUUUUGCAGGGUUCGCGAUCGUCGGGAGGUGGACAGCGACAGCGACUUCGAAGAGGAAUCAACUGUACUGGAUGAGGUCCAGUUGGAUGUGCCACUGCUGCCAGUUAUCCUUCAUGUCCAGGAUGCUGCUAUCAUCCUUGAGGAUGUGCCGACUAUCCUUGAGGAGCCCACUGGUAAUUGGCAGCUGAUACCGAUUAGGUUCAGCCCCCUGUACUGUGGUCCUGUUGUGAUCAGGAACAAUGCCGGUCCAGUGGCUAAAGCCUGGAGAACUUUCCAGUUCAUCAGCCCCAUUAUCACCUACAUGCGUGGGGGAUCCCAGCAGGUGGUGGUGAGGAUGCACCAUGUGAGUAGGGUUCGAGGCCUGGAGACUCAACUGGUGUGGGCCAUCUCCAAGGAGACAGCCAGGCUUAGUCCAGAGGGCAUCCCCUACUGUGCCACCAAGGUGCAGUCUGUCACUUGGAUCCAGUAUGUGGCUGGCAGGGUGACCCAGUAUGCGUCUCACCUCCGCCACGAGACGUCUGUGGACGUGACGUUUGGCUGCUACCAGCAGACUGAUGUCUCGGUGGUGUACGCCACUCUCCACAUGGGGCUGGAUGGGCUGCUCUCCUCCUCGUGGGGGUCGGAGGCUGCCUCCGUCUCUACGCCCACCAAUCAGCAGUUCACUGAGCCAGAGCCUGAGGGCCACAACCUCUAUGAGGGCUGGGAGGAGGACCUGCUGCCUGAGGAGAGGGAGGUUCCUCUGCUAAACCUCUACCUUACCACCAAGAGAGUGGAGGACAUCGCCCUGAGGCUCGUCUCCCUGCGCCAGGCCUUCACUGACGAGUCCGAAUUCAUCCGUGCCUAUAAUGACUUUGUGGACUACCUGAGUGACCCCUCCAAGAAGAUUGACAUUGAGAGGGAGCUGGCUGAGGCAAAGAUCCAUCAUGUUAACCUGAUAGAUGUCCUCUUUGAACUGGUGCUGUUUGGGUUGAUGACAGCUCAGAAGUCCCUGAUGGUGCACCCUGGUGGGUUCAUGGAGCGUCUGUACGCUCUCCUGUACUCCUUCCUGCCCGCUGCUGCCAGCAUUGAGCCAAAGGCUGAGAGAUACCUGCUGCUGCUCAAUGGCGGGCUGAUGGCUCUGCUUGAUGACAUGUUUGGGCAGCAGCUGGCCUGGUACUUUAACCCAGAAUCUUUGGUCACUGAGCUCUCCAGCCUCCUGGAGUACCACCUGGAGAACCUCAUGGCCAGCAUGUAGUCCUACUGCAGAGAUCUGAAAGGCCACACUCUCUCUUGCUCUCUCUCUCUCUCUGUCCAUCGCUCUCUCUCUCUCUGUCCAUCUCUCUCUCUCUGUCCAUCUCUCUCUCUCUCUCUCUCUCUCUGUCGAUCUCUCUCUCUCUUUCUCUCUCUCUGUCCAUCUCUCUCUCUCUCUCUCUCUCUCAGGAUUUGAGGACUUGAAGUGCUUUGUUGAACCUUGAUUAGUUAACACACAUUAAAUUAAUGUUUUCUCUUGUUUUCUCUCCCCACAGGAUUCUUGUGCCACUUUGCCACCUAAGAGGGAUAUAGACAUUAACGCACUAUAUUACUUUGCACUGAAUUUUACAU